GAUCAUGGACAUCAGUCGUCUCCUCAACCCGGUCCAAGCCGCCCAGUGGUGCGACAGUGCCACUAGCUACUACGCGUCACGUAAGUCCACUCAUGCCGUGCAAGAGGUGCCCCAAGGCGUUCAAUGGAUGCGACCACAUUUCACUCGCAAGCGCACUCACGUCUUGGACGACGCUGGGUCUCCUCCGCAACGACCACGGCUCAGCGCUCCACUUGCGCCCACGAUGGGUCACACAUCGCCCAGGGCUGGACGGAUCUUUUCCUCGUCAAGCAAUCGCGGGUGGCGCGCCGCCUUCUUCAACGUGGGUUUUGACGCCAACAACAUCUUCAACCAGAUCUGCCCACUGCGCAAAGGUCGGUGGCGCCACGAAGAGGAAGCCUACGCCAUCGAGCUCGUCAAGAUGGUCCACGCCAACCGACUCCCGCUCAAGUUUUGCCAGUCGCUCCGGACAUUCCUCGCCCAGAAACUCCACAGCGACGAGAUGCGCGUGCUCAAGAAGGUCGGCAACUCGGAUGCAUUUGCGUUUGCGCGGCAGCGUCGGGCCCAUAGUAUAGAGACAAGUGCGCUCCAUGGCUACGAGAACGAACGGUCGAUCGAGCCGCUCGAGACGCUGCGCCGGGCGUUUCUGAAAUCGGUGCAGAUUGAAGUCACCUUGGCCAUGCCGGGCUCGACCUCAACGCCAAUCGAUGUCCUCUUUUAGCGUAGCACUAUAUGUCGCUACCGAGGAGCUACCUAAACUACCAUCAAAUAACAGCAGCGUAG